AAUGGAAAUGCAGUGUACCCCAAAUUGGGGCACUCUCGCUGUCACGCGAUAAGUGCGUGCCGUUCUUCGCUGGAUUCGAAACCAACACUCCACGAACACGAAGCCCACCAUAACUUCACCUGCCAUUGUUGUUGACGCGCAUCACGGGCGCGUGGAUUGGAUCCCCCAUUGUAUGUCGACUGCCCACAUUCAACUUGGAGGCUGUACACAAGAAGAUAAUGAUUCCUUUUAUAGGGAAGAAGAGUCUUCAGUUUCAAGGGCUUCCUUCCUUCUCUGCAAAAAUCAGGCCUCCAAAUCUCAUCAGUCACUGUCUUUUCAAGAAAAAAUUUUCUGGGAUUUCAUGUUUGUAAGUUCAUGUGUUGAGUUCCUUUGUUAUUAAGUUUCUUCUCUCUGUGUUAUUGUGUCUACUUUGUGGGUUUUGUCCUGAUAAUUAAUGGGUAGAGUCUUUUUAUGUGGAAACGUCUAGCUGUACAGAGCAUAGCAAAACUCAUCUGUAUGUUGAUUUAUGGACUGGGGUCUUGUGGGUUUUUAGUUUUUGUGGUGCAAAGGUGUUGUAGUUUAAUUUCGAACUUGGGAUUUCUUCCUUUGCACAAGGACCUGGAAUGAGUUAAUAAGGAAGAAAUUUGAAGAGGUAGGCCCUUGCGGCUUGUGAUUGGCUCUUUUGAUUGGUGUUUGCGCGUCAUAGACUGAAAAUUAUAUAUUAGACAGGCGGCUUUCUUAGUGUUUUGGAGAGUUUUAAUCUUAAGUCCGACAAGGAAAAUGCAAAGGGUUAGAAUUUCAUCGCAACAGGCCCCAGUACAUAAGCUAGGGGAUUCCCAAAUGACAUUAUCCCCAAAAUUUAGGUUAGCUGUAAUCCAAUCAAAUUUGUUAAAUCCUUCAUUGGAAUUAGAGUUAUCUCUCAGGGGAGAGCCUCUCAUUCCAGGCCUUCCUGAUGAUAUUGCCCUCAACUGUCUCCUGCGCCUCCCGGUCCAGAGCCACGCAGCUUGCAGAGCUGUCUGCAAGCGUUGGCAUCUACUGCUUGGUAAUAAGGAGCGGUUCUUUACCCGAAGAAAGGAACUAGGCUUCCAAGACCCUUGGCUCUUUGUCUUUGCAUUUCACAAAUGUACUGGAAAGAUUCAGUGGCAGGUUCUUGACCUUAAUCACUUCUCUUGGCACACCAUUCCAGCAAUGCCUUGCAAGGAUAAAGUUUGCCCCCAUGGAUUCAGGUGUGUUUCCAUCCCCCAUGAGGGUGCUUUGUUUGUUUGUGGGGGUAUGGUAUCUGAUGUAGAUUGCCCACUUGACUUGGUAUUGAAGUAUGAAAUGCAGAAAAACCGUUGGACUGUUAUGAGCCAGAUGAUUACUGCUAGGUCAUUUUUUGCUACUGGGGUGAUUGAUGGUAUGAUUUAUGCGGCGGGUGGAAAUAGUUCGGAUCUCUUUGAGCUUGACUUGGCUGAGGUUUUAGAUCCUGUUAAAGGGAUUUGGAGCCCCAUUGCCAGCAUGGGAACAAACAUGGCCUCUUAUGAUGCAGCAGUUCUCAAUGGAAAGCUUCUUGUCACUGAAGGCUGGUUGUGGCCUUUCUUUGUCUCUCCCAGGGGUCAAGUUUAUGACCCAAGAACUAAUAAUUGGGAGAAUAUGGCUGCUGGCCUGAGAGAAGGCUGGACUGGCUCUAGUGUAGUGGUUUAUGGACACUUGUUUGUUGUUUCAGAGCAUGAAAGGAUGAAACUUAAGGUUUAUGACAUGGAAUCAGAUAAUUGGGAAACAGUAGAAGGCCCUGCUUUACCAGAGCAGAUUUGCAAGCCUUUUUCUGUGAAUGCCUGUGAUUGCAAGAUCUAUGUUGUUGGUCGGAACCUUCAUGUUGCUGUGGGUCAUAUCUGGAGGCUGAAUCAAAAGGGUAAUUGUGAGAAAAACUGGAGCUUUGGUGUUCGAUGGCAUGUGGUGGAUGCUCCAGAAGCCUUCGCUGACUUGACACCCUCCAGCUCUCAGGUGGGUCAAAGAGAGGAAAAAUAUCUAUUGAUGGUGAUGAGAAGGAGGCCACAUACACAACAUGAAGGGUAUUUCAUCAGUGAUUGGCACCUACCAACUACCAAAGAUUUCCCACCUGGAAAACAAAGCAAACAUCUCCUUCAGGGUGGGGAAGCCCUAAAGUUGAUCUUUGCUUGUUUUUAUUCAUUUAUUUAUUUUCUUUUUUAUAGUUAGUUAGGCAUUCCAACAGUAGAAAAAUCAUGGUUUAUCUAGAUAUAUCUUUUCCACGAUUUCUACAGUCGCCGCGGAUAAUGACACUGAUGCCUCCAUCGGCAAAUCUUGCUGAGUGACCCACUCAUCAACGUAAAAAUCUAGUUAUCAUGCCCCCUGAUGCUUCCUUAGUCACAUCAUGGACAGGUUUGGACGGGAGGAGCUAAGAUAACUGAAUUGAGAGAUUGAAAGAUAUUUGAUUAUGUCUGUGGGCCUCCUGCUCUUAUAUUUCAGUUAUUCCCUGCUACUUUCUUUCUAACAAUCUCCCAUCUCAGUCUCCAGACUUAGGCUCUUCAUUGCUUCUCUUCCCCACGAGGCAACGUUUCAUCAUUUCCCUCUGCUUUGGAUUGGAAACUGUGGUGAGGAGUCCCUCUUGGAAGGCAAUGUAAAAGAGGCUGAAUAGGAAGAGUAGCUUUCAAAUGGAGUCGAGGAUCAGAUAUUCCAUCUGUUUGGCAACAAAGCAAUAAGCCAUGUGAUUCGCUUCACCAUCACUGUCAAACGUGAUUCUUUAGCGAGUGCUCUAAUUCUUGCCGUGUCUAUCACGUUUCCCUACGAAUAUGCCAAUGGAGCCAUCGAGCGGGGUUCCAAAUGCACGUCAAAUCAUGUCUUGGAGUAUUAAUAGGCGCUAGAAAAUGUUAUCAUACCGAAUAGCUACUGAACUGAAUUCUAUUCUAAAUCUGGACCUACUGAAUUAAAUUUUAAAUCUAUGAUUAAAGACGACGGUUUGGGAGU